CUCAACUGUGAAUUGAAAACACAAUAUCCCAACCACCAUUCAUGACUCCCAAUCAACUUUUCAUUUUGUUGGUGUUCUUCGUCUUCUUCAUAUCUUCCUCUAGUUCAAUCUCCCAGACCCUAAAAAAUCCCAACUUCCCCUGCAAGUCUCGUCAAUUUAGCUCUUACCCAUUUUGCAACACCUCUUUGAGCAUACCCACCAGGGCCAAGUCUUUAAUAACUCUCCUUACUCUCCAAGAAAAGAUCCAACGACUCUCUGACAAUGCCUCCGCAAUUCCGAGACUUGGCAUUCCUGCCUAUGAAUGGUGGUCUGAAUCUCUACACGGAAUUGCCAUCAAUGGCCCUGGAAUCAACUUCAAUGGCACCGUGCCUUCAGCCACUAGUUUCCCUCAAGUUAUUGUUACUGCAGCUUCUUUUAAUAAGACCCUUUGGUCCAAGAUUGGAUCAGCUAUAGCUACUGAGGCUAGAGCUAUGUAUAAUUAUGGCCAAGCUGGGCUGACUUUUUGGGCACCAACUAUUAAUCUUUUCAGGGACCCCAGAUGGGGCAGAGGCCAGGAGAGUCCUGGGGAGGAUCCUAUGCUUGUUUCUUCUUAUGCUAUUGAGUAUGUGAAGAGUUUCCAAAGUGGGCAGUGGGAGGGUGAGGGCGGUGAUGAAGGUAGCUUUGUAUUUGGUGAGAAGAGGGUGUUGAAGGAGGAAGGCGAUGAGAGUGAUGAUGGGCUUAUGUUGUCUGCUUGUUGUAAGCAUUUGAUUGCUUAUGACUUGGAGAAGUGGAACAAUUUCAGUAGAUAUAGUUUCAACGCUGUGGUUACAGAACAAGACAUGGAGGACUCAUAUGAGCCGCCAUUCCGUGCUUGUGUUGAACAAGGCAAGGCAAGCUGUUUAAUGUGUUCUUACAAUCAAGUUAAUGGAGUGCCUGCGUGUUUGAGAGAGGAUCUUUUUCAGAAAGCUAGAGAUGAGUGGGGUUUCAAAGGUUACAUUACCUCAGACUGUGAUGCUGUGGCUACAAUCUAUUUUUAUCAGAAUUACACAAAAUCAGCAGAGGAUUCAGCUGCUGAUACUCUUAAAGCAGGAAUGGAUAUUAAUUGUGGAACAUUUAUGCUUCGGUACACACAGUCUGCUAUUGAUGAAGGAAAACUGCAAGAGGAAGAGAUAGACAGAGCUCUUUUUAAUUUGUUUUCGGUUCAACUUCGUCUUGGACUAUUUAAUGGAGACCCCAGAAAAGGAAGGUUUGGAAAAUUGGGUCCUAAAGAUGUUUGUACCUCAAAGCACAAGACUCUAGCGCUUGAAGCAGCAAGGCAGGGAAUUGUGCUCCUAAAAAAUGAUAAGAAGUUUCUGCCACUGAAUAAGAAUGAAAUUUCUUCAUUAGCAAUCAUUGGGCCAAUGGCAAAUAAUGUAAGUCAAAUGGGUGGUGGCUACACAGGAACUCCAUGUAGUCCGAAGAGCUUUUUUGAAGGACUUAAAGACUAUGUAAAGAACAUAUACUAUGCUUCUGGUUGUGUGGACGUAGCUUGUCAUUCUGAUAAGGGGUUUAAUGAAGCAAUUCAUACUGCCCAAAUUGCUGAUUUUGUUGUUGCGGUUGCUGGGCUGGAUUUGACGCAAGAAACGGAAGAUCUUGACCGAGUUAGUCUUCUCUUGCCUGGUCAACAAAUGGCCCUGAUAUCCUCUGUUGCCAGUGUUAGUAAAAGGCCAGUGAUUCUAGUUCUUACUGGCGGUGGACCCCUUGAUGUGUCAUUUGCAAAAUCAGAUCCAAAGAUUUCAAGCAUUAUCUGGGUUGGAUAUCCUGGUGAAGCUGGUGCAAAAGCACUUGCAGAAAUCAUCUUCGGUGAUUUUAAUCCAGGUGGAAGACUUACUAUGACUUGGUAUACUGAGUCAUUCACCAAGGUGCCCAUGAAUGAUAUGAGCAUGCGACCUGAUCCUUCCUGUGGUUAUCCUGGAAGAACCUAUAGAUUUUACAUUGGUGAUCGAGUAUACAGAUUUGGAGAAGGCUUAAGCUACACCAAUUAUAGUUACAAGUUGUUGUCAGCACCAAGUAUACUAAGAAUAACAGGCUCUUUCAAAGCUUGUUAUGGUUUAAAUAUACUACAAGAACGGUCAAGACUUGAUUAUGUAUACACAAAUGAGGUAAAAUCUUGCACUUCAUCGAGCUUUUAUGUUCAAAUUUCUGUGUUGAAUGAAGGUGACAUGGAUGGAAGCCAUGUAGUGAUGCUGUUUGCUAGAUUUCCAAAAGUUGUUAAGGGUGUUCCGGAAAGACAGUUAAUUGGAUUCGAUAGAGUGCAUACUUUUAAAAACAGAUCAAAAGAAAUAAGCAUCUUAGUUGAACCUUGUAAACAUUUUAGUAUGGCAAAUGAGCAUGGAAAUAGAAUAUUGCUGUUGGGUAAUUUUAGUCUAAUUUUAGGUGAUCUGGAGCAUUCUGUAACUGUUGAAACUUCUUGAUGACAUGGUGAAUUCACACCCCAUUUAUAUAUUUGCUGCAUUAAUAAAAGAUUCGCACUUUUGAAGUGUGUUUCUUGUUCCUAUA